AUGGCUGCCACACAGAAAGCAGAAGACAUGCGCGAAGAGAACAUCGCAGCCUGGCAAGACCCCGGCAUCGCUGAGAAGUACACCCGCACCGAGGCGGCUACCAUUCCCUUUGCCAACAUUAUUCUCGACAAAGGCUCCAUCGUAUCGAAAAUCACACAGCACAACUGCGCUAUCAACGCCUUCGACUUCGGCUGCGGCACCGGCGCUGUGACAGCAGCACUCUAUGAGAAGGUACCCAAAGAGCAUUGGCCCAAUGUGAAAGUCCUCGGCGGCGAUAUCAGCCAGCCCAUGCUCACCUAUCUACAAGAACGUGGAGAGAAGAACGGUUGGACAGGCCUCACCACCCAGAUUGUCGACGGCGCAAAUAUCCAGCUUGCGCCCAACCAAUUCACGCACAUCUUCGCUAACGCCAUCAUCUUCUUCCUCCCUCUCGGCGCGCUGUCCAACCUCUUUGAGCUUCUCCAGCCAGGCGGUUACAUCGGGAUGACGACUUGGGCCGCGCUCAACUGGUACGACCACGUCCAGCGGGCGGUUAACAACAUGGCCAACCCGCCAUUCUUUCCUCCGUUCGAGGAGGUCCGCGCCAUGCUUCAGCACAACAAUGCCUGGCACGAGCCGUCAUUUGUGAAGCAGCAGCUCGAGAAUGCGGGCUUUCAGAAUGUGGACAUCGUAGUGGAGAAGCGGACCGUGGCGGUUGGGACGCCAGAGCACUUCUGCGAAAGCAUGAAGCUGCCUCUGAAGAUGUUCGCUGGGCAGUGGGAGGAAAGCAAGAGGGAUCAAAUCUCGAAAGAGGUGAUGGAAGAACUGAAGAAGGUUAUGCUUGAAGUAGCGGGUGGGGAGGAAGGUGAGUGUUACAUGACGAUGGAGGGCAUUGUUGGCUCCGGGUGGAAACCAGUGGGAAAGUAA